CUUGAACAGCAGGUGACGUAAGAAUGGUAGUACUCGGCAGAAAGUGAGAGCCUGGGAAGCAGAUGAUGGAAUCCGCGCAACGCAAGUAAAUAGCCAAAGAAAGCCAUGGCGCAUCUCAACGUCAUCAUGGUCACCGACCUCCUUCUCUCCCAAUCCGGUUUCGCCAACCACUAUUUCAGAGAAUACUACAUGUCCAAAUUCUUUCGGAAAUCGUUCGAGGUUCUGAGCCCCGAUUUGCUUCUGGUGCUGGGCGACGUCUCCGCGGGAGGCUCGGAGCUAACGAGGAGCAAGUGGGUGUCGGUUCUGCGUAGGUUUUACAAAGUGUUGGGCCCCUUUGUCGGCGACAGGGAUGUCGGAGAGUGUGGGGACAUCGAGGGUAACAGAGUUGGUUGGAUUGCGAACAAGUUGCCCGGGUUGGACUCUGCUGGCUUCGCCGCGCUUGAGAUUGGGAAUGUUAGUUUUGUGAGGCCGAAUGCGGUGGCUUUGCUCUGUGGGAAUGGUGGUUGCUUGCGGUUUGAGGUGGAGAAGGUGAUUGAGAGGGAGAGCGUGGGAACGAGAAUGAAUGGUUCUGACGAGGAUGUGUUGUAUGGAUUGGGGCCUGUGGUUCUCCUGCAUUUGCCUUUGGACCAAACGAGGGAUGAACACUACGCUGGGGUUGGUCAUUUUAAGAGAUCUUCCAACUCUUUCAUGGAUGAGUUAAAUGUCGUGCCAGAAAGCAGGGAGGUCAUUGGUGGCGGCCUGUAUAAGUUGCAUCAUACCCUGCCUCUUAAUGCUUCUGAGUACAUUUUACAAGCUCUGAAGCCAAGGACUGAACUCGCGAGAUUACCGUACCAGCAAUGUCAUGGAAUGCAAGAGAUGACCCUGGAUUUGUGUUUGCCACUUUUGAAAAGACAGGAAGAGCAGAUAGCAGCAGGGAAGAUUAUCCUCCCCAAACGAACAAACAAACAAAAAAGGACCGUAGGAAAAUUACCAGAGAAAAAGAAUAGGAUAGUUUUUGGGAAAGCUGAAUUCCACAAUAUUGUUGACCCCACCAAUUUUCAAAUUGAAGAGAUGUUUUGCCGUGAUAAACCUGGUUCCAUCUCAAGAUGCACUGAAUCUGUCUCAAGAUAGAUGAUGACAGAGAGGGGAACAUAGCUCACUAUGACUAUACUCUUGUAUAGUAAAAAAUUUGAGUUCUAAUUCUUGUGAGUGAGAUAAUUUUUUGAACAUACUCAUUUUCACAUGGCAAUUCUUCAUUUUGUGACAAUUGACAAGUGUAUUCUAACUAGAUUUGAACCCGUGCAAUGCACGGGCACAUUAUCAGUAUCAAAUUCUGAAA